AUGGGUAAUUAUGAAAGAGCACUUUCAUUUCAUCGAAAAGCAUUAAAUUUUCAAGAAAAUGUUCAAUGCAAUCCUCUACAAUGUGCAACGACAUAUAUACAUUUAGGUGAAACUUACCGAAAAAUGAAAGAUUAUUCAACAGUAUUGACGUAUUUUCAAAAAGGUUUAGAAAUACGUGAAAACAAACUACCAAAAUAUCAUCCUGAUUUAGCAGUAAUUUAUCAUAAUUUUGCAAAAUUAUAUUUAGCUUCACGACAAUAUAGUAUGGCAAUGAAAUAUGUUCAACAAGCGAUAGAAAUUGCCCAAGAGAAAUUGCCUUCAAAUCAUUCUCAUCUUUGGAACUAUAAAAUAACAUUUGACAAAGUUCGAAAGAAAUUGUAA